GACAAAACUGACAAAACUGAGCAAGCAAAGAUAAAUAUCCACGGCUAUGAAUUAAUCCUGUCUCCUACUAUAAAAAAGGAAAUAUCCCCUCCUUAUUCCACUAAUUCCUCUUAUUCCACUUAUUCCUCAUUCCUCAUUUAUCACAAACACCAGACGAAACUAAUCACAAACACCCGACGAACACCGUACUCACCCCCAGAGUUAUGGACGGAUUCUCAAAAUCUCAAACUGCAGGCCAACUAAUGCUUCAAAGAAUCUCUCAAAAUGACAAUACCCAACCUGAUUAUCCAGCUCAGAGCAUUUUCCACAAACCAGAAUCAAGAGAAGAAUAUGAUUGGCAUACUGAAAUAAAUCGUGGCCAGGUUGAAUCCGCAUUUCAUACCUUACAGCACAUAAGGAAAAUUACCAAGUCGAAUUUUAGACUGUAUUGGAUCGGGAUUCAGGUUAGACAUUUUGCUAAAUCUGAUGGUACAUUGGGUCAGACUUUUGGGGAUUCAGAUGGACUUUAUUCCUAUGCAAUGAACACCAAGCAUGGAAUCAUCAUUGCCACCGAGUCGAACUCACCCUAUAUGAUUAAACGAUCAAAGGGAAAAACAGCAGGCGAGCCAGUAAAUGAAAUUUCGACAACGACUCUUCAGACUUGGUCCGACAUAACCUAUCUCUCAUGGCAUCAACAAUCCACCCAAUCAUCUACCCCCCUCAAAAACCUCAAACACAUAAUCCAAACUCACAUCACCAACGGAAAAACAAUCUCAGUGAUUGAAUACAUACUCGAAAAAGAAAAAAUAAUGUUUCCACAAAAUGGAUUGAUAAUUGAUAUCAAUGAUUCCAAAGGAUAUGGAGCCGCACUUUUGGGAACACCUAAUGGGAAAGGAACUGGAUGGUUACUUGCGCAACAUAAGGAUCAGCUUGGGAAUCCGAAGAUAGUGAGUGUGGAGAUUUUUAAAAGUUUGAAGGUUCGAUUUUUUGAUUGUUAUGAGGAUACGGGAGAAUUGAUUACGGGAAGGGAGUAUAUGAGGGAUGAUGAUGAUCAUCAAGAGUUUUUGAAUUUGGACUUUACUGUAAGGUGUGGAUGAUUUUUUAGUUGCAGUGGUGUAGUGGUGUAGUGUUAUAUUGUUGUAGUGUUUUAGUAUUGUAGUGUUUUAUUAGUGCUGUAGUGUUGGAUAAUGGAUUCUUUUUUGUCGUGUUUUGUCUUUGAAGUUCCUAGAAAAGAUUUUGCGAAAUUAUACGCAUAGGUAUGAGACAGCUACUGGACUUUACUAUAGUCACAACCAUAAGGCUAGAGAAUAUAAAAUUCUAUGAACA